UUCAUGGGGAUGGACCUGCGUUGCCAGGUGAACAACCAUGCCCAUCGUACAGGGGAAAUGGACCUGGAAAGGCUGCUGGUUCGUAGGGGGCAGCCCUUCUCCCUCGCUCUGCAGUGCUCCACACCCCUGCCCCCCAAAUACAAACUAGCCAUGAUCCUGCAUCUGGGUAAGGAGGGUGAGGUGGUGGUGAAGGUUUUGGAUGCCCGUGCUGGCCGUGACAAGUGGUGGUUCCGCCAGCAGAGGGCUCAGAAUGAGGUGCUGCUGACGAUCCACAGCCCAGCAGACGCCCCUGUGGGAAUCUACAGCAUGACAUUGCUGCUCCUCUCCCCUGAUGGACACAUCCUGGAGCAGACCACACCAGAGACGUUCUACCUGCUCUUCAAUCCCUGGUGCAAAGCUGACUCUGUGUACCUACCUGAUGAGGAGCUACUAGAGGAGUACAUACUGAAUGAAAAUGGCCUCCUUUACCAGGGCUCCUGGGACCAGAUCUCCUCACUGCCCUGGAACUUUGGACAGUUUGAACAAGAUGUGGUGGAUAUCUGUUUUGAAAUCCUGAACAAUUCACCUGCUGCACUGAAAAACCCAGAGAUUGACACAGCCAACCGAGCAGAUCCAGUGUACGUGAGCAGGACAAUUACUGCAAUGGUGAACGCUAAUGAUGACCGUGGCGUGGUGUUGGGCCGCUGGGACGGGAAGUAUGAUGAUGGGGUGUCGCCCACACGCUGGACCGGCAGUGUGGCCAUCCUCAGGCGAUGGCGCGAGGCCGGGACACAGAGGGUGCGAUACGGACAGUGCUGGGUGUUCUCAGGUGUAGCCUGCACAGUUCUUCGCUGUCUGGGCAUACCUACUCGCCCUGUUACAAACUACUCCUCUGCCCAUGACACUGACGGCAACCUGAAUGUGGACUAUCUGUACAAUGAGCAGCUGGAGAGUGUGUCUGAAGGCAGGAAGGACAUGAUCUGGAACUACCAUUGCUGGGUGGAGUCCUGGAUGGAUAGGGAGGAUCUUCCUAAAGGCUAUGAUGGGUGGCAGGCUCUGGAUCCCACCCCACAGGAGAGGAGUGAUGGGGUGUACUGUUGUGGGCCCUGUCCAGUCAAGGCGGUGAGGGACGGUGAUGUGGGGAUGAAGUAUGAUGCAGCCUUCGUGUUCUCUGAGGUGAACGCAGACCUGGUCACCUGGAUCGUCUACCCAGAUGGCCAACGCUCACAGGUUUCCCUCAACCAGAAAACUGUGGGCCGAAACAUCAGCACCAAGAGUGUGUAUGGAGACUACAGAGAGGACAUCACUAAACAUUACAAAUACCCUGAAGGUUCAGUGAAGGAGCGUGAGGUGUAUGAGAAGGCAGGACGUCGGAUAACGCAGCUGAAUGGAGGACCAGGGCAGCUGGAGCUGAAGAUCAGACACGCCCAGGCCAUCCUGGGGACAGACUUUGAUGUGAUAGUGGAGGUGCACAACGUGGGUGGGGAGGACACCCCGGCCCAGCUCACUGUGACCUCCAACGCUGUCACCUACAACAGCCUUCACCGGGGGGAGUGCCAGAGGAGGACUGCCAGCCUGACCGUGCCAGCCCAGAAAGCUCAUAAGGAAGUGAUGCGUCUACGGUACGAUCACUAUGGGGCUUGUGUGUCUGAGCAUAACCUGAUCAGGGUCACAGCACUGCUCCAGGCCAGCAGCCAGCCCGACAUCAUUCUGCAAGAGGUCAACAUCCCACUAAGCAUGCCACAGCUCCAUGUCAAGGUAGUGGGAGAUGCAGUUGUAUCUCGGAAAUUAAUUGCACACAUCAGCUUCACCAAUCCCCUGCCUAUCACCCUGAGAGGGGGAGUGUUCACAGUGGAGGGGGCAGGUCUGACUGCACCACGGGAGCUCCAAGCACCGCAGUGUGUGUGGGCCCAGACCAACCCAAACGGACCAUCAGUGCAGCAGGUGCCUCCAGUAGGCUUUGAUGUGGCGGUGGAGGCCCGGCUCUCCCCCAUUAGGCUCGUCGGAACCCAUGCCAGGGCUGGGGAUGAGGAGGCUUGCUCGCCGCCUGCCGGACUCAUUAUGGACCAGCCAGCAAUUACUGUCACCCUGGAUAAAUGGACUGCACUGGACCCUGCACUGGACCCAGCCCCUCCCCCCCAUCAAGCCCCUCCACUGGCUCUAUGA